AUGUCGGAAGCCAAUUUGACCGAGAGCAUCGAGGCUCGCAAACAACGUCGACGCGCAGCUGGACGGAGCGGAGGUGAAUUUGAGCUUGUUCCAAAUUCUGAAAGACUCAGUUAUCGCUAUGUCUGGCCAGACAAAGAAAAAGAACUUGUUGAUAGGCUUGUGUCCUGGGCUCGCGACGAACCCGCCGAUGAUACCGUGGUAGCUAACUCACAGCAGCCGUCAACACACAGUGCACAGCUUGAGGCAGAGGAAAACAACCUGAGCAGGGAGAACACCGAGCCCAAGGUACCAAAUGAUGACAUUCGCCAUGACAAGCGGAUGAUUUCUGGAAAAGAAGACGGGAAGGAACGAGGAGCGUUCACCAGACUGCAUAGGCGCAUCUCCAGAUGGUUUCAGCGCAAAAAGGACGACGGCAAAGAAAAUGAGGGGCCGAAGCGUGGUAAGCCUGCAUCAGAACAAGACCAGCCUUGGAUUUCGAAGCGCCAGCUAUUGUCAUUUAGCUCGAAGAGCCUUUCCAAGGAGCACUUGGAGCAACAAGAUGGCCGUGUAUCGAGACACGAGGAGGUGAACAGGAGUUUCUUUGCCGCGCCAGAACGUUCAAUGGACUCUGACAGUCAACUGGAGAGUGGAAUCCGGUAUUCGAAUAUCGUCGAUGAUCAUAAGUUUAGCGACUGGGAGUGA